AUGUUCUCCAACUCUACUAACUUCUUCGGCACAUCCUCCAUAUUAAGUCAACAGUCCUCAUUUCGUGAUAACGAACGUCAUCGCGCAAAACAGCUGAGCAUGAGAAAAGAAUCGGUUGCCGUCGGACCUAAAGCAAACAUCACUCCUCAUCAAUACACUUCCGAUCCAACACUGGCCUGGGAAAUGUUGAAAGAAAAACGACCAGUGAAACCUGUUCGCCAGAUGAAACUUGACACUCCCGUAAAACCAGAUCACAUUCGAUUCGUAUGCAUAGGUUGUACUCAUGGAUUGAAAAUAGAUCCAUCACGAGUUCCACCAGGUGACGUAUUGCUCGUCGCCGGGGAUUUCACCAGUUGUGGUUUACCGAAGGAAGUACAAUAUUUCAACAAAAGUCUUGGUCAACUGAAACACGCAUACAAAGUUGUUAUCGCCGGGAAUCACGAGUGCACCUUUGACGACUCAUUCCUGAAAGCUUCAAAUCGUGAGGUUGAAGCGAAGGAAAUUGCACUGAAACAAGCCUUACAAGCAUCCUUAGCCUCAUCAAAAGUGACUUCACCAAAAUCACUUCUCACUAACGCGAUCUACCUCGAAGAUUCAGUGAUUGAGCUGUUCGGAAUUAUCAUAUACGGUACUCCAUGGCAACCUCGUGUAGAUAACUGGGCUUUCAACUUAUCCAGAGGGCAACCGUUGCUCGACAAAUGGAACAACAUACCGGCCGGUGUAGAUGUACUUCUCACUCAUUCACCUCCACUCGGACAUGGUGAUCAGAUGCUUGAUGGGCAACGAAUGGGUUGUGUGGAGUUGCUGAAUUCCGUAUGCAAGCGAAUCAAACCCAAAUAUCACGUUUUCUCGCAUAUUCAUGAAGGUUACGGGUGUACUUCUGAUGGUUACACAAAGUUUAUAAACUGUUGUAUAUGUAAUGAAAACCUGGAACUAACUAACUCUCCCAUAAUAUUCGAUAUGCCAGUACAUCCUCAUACAAAACAAUUCUAUCUGCAAAAUGUGAAGAAAAUAAUGAAGCGAUAUCAUCGAUCCGAGAAAAAAUGA